AUGGUGGAUCGCUGCGCACACGGCCACGGCAGCAGCCCUCACGUCACGCCAUCACCCACUCCCCCCCCUCCAAUCAGUCACUCCACCAUACAUCCUCUCCCCCUUCCUCCAUCCGUGUCUGAUUCAUCCGCGGAAUUAAUCCCCCCACAUGCUUCUGCCGUUACCGCGGCCCGCGGGGCGGAGAGAGGGGGGGAAGGUUGGAGGGUGCGCGAGAGCGACGCGAACAUGGCGACGGGGUGUGAAGGGGGAGGGAAAUAUGAUGGGGAGGAAAAAUCUGGUGGAAGCGACGGGAAGGCGGCUGGCGGGACGGGCAAAGGGGAGGGCGAGGCGGGCGCGAACGCGUCACAGGCGGCAGACCAAGUGCGCGCAUACAGGCGACACCUGGAGCAAAUGCAAGAGAACGAGAAGCUGCUCUACGCCGAGAUUGACGAGUUGCGCGCGGCUCUUAGCGCGGAAAGGGAGGUGGCGCGCGCGACGGAGCGAGUGGCGGAGGCGGAAUGCUGGCGGAGGUUGGAAGUGGAGCGGGGGCGCGCGGCUUUGGCGCGGGAGGUAGAGCGGCUGCAGGAAGAGUUAGCAGAUGCGCUUGAACAGGCGGAAUGCGCGGGGGAAGUAGACGGCGACGCGCGAGAAGGCGGACGGGCGGAGCGGGUGAGCGAGGCGGAGCGGCAGGCGCGGGAGGAGGUAGCGGAGUUGGAGGAGCAGAUCAAGCAGGUGUGCGAGUCGGCGGCGCAGCGCGAGCAGCAGUUCCGCGGGCUGCUGAGCGACAUGGAGGAGGAGCUGAGCGCGGCGCAGGCCAUGGCGAUGGUCGCCAUGGAGCGCGAGGAGCGCGCGAACGAGGCGCUGCGGACGCUGCGGCAGGUGAACGACCAGCUCAUGCAGCGCCUGCUGCAGCAGGGCAAGGUGCUCCGCGCCGCCCGGGGGCCCGCGGAGCACGCCCAGCGGAACAGUGAUGGGGAGGGGGGGAGUGAGGCGGACGGCGGUGGCGGGGUGACGCGGGACGAGCACGAGCGGGGCAAGGACGAUGGGGCGGCAAGUGCGGAGGGAGGUGGCGAGAAAGGGUCCGGUACAGAGGGCUGCGGGGAGGGUGAGGCGGAAGCGACGUUGGAAGGACGGGAUGUGAAGAGUGAGGAGAGCGCGGUAAGAGAAGUCGAGCCGGAGGUCGUUGCCGGCCCGACGCCGUGCGCGGAGGGGCUUGCGGACACGCCGCCGCUGCACUUGUGCGCCUCCCCGCCGAUGCUGCGCGGGAAGGAAGCGGCGGAGGGCCAGGGGAAGUCUCGCGCGAGCAGCUACGAGACGAGCAGUGCGGGCAGCAGCCGCAGCGGGGGCAGCAUGACGGGGCUGUGCAGCGGAUGCCGCCAGAAGAUGAUCCGCGCGCGAGUGGGCGCGGCGGGGAGAAGCAGCACGCCCAGCAGCACGAGCAGCGGCAGCCGCGCGUCUACUGGCGAAAGCAGCCCCAGCCGGCGACAGGCGGAGCAAGGGGGGAACGCAAUCGCAGAGUGGCGCGAGCGGGACAGCGACGCGCAGCCGCGGCAUCGGGGGGUGGCGGACGGGGAGCGCGAGGCGGGGUCGGACGACGAGACGGCGUCGGAGUUCUCGUUCCACUUCCGCGGCGCGCUCUCCGACUCGGGCGAGCUCGCGGGGCUGUACGGGCCCACCGUGGUGGGGUGCCGCCCGCGCGCACGCGCGUGGGGCAGCGGAGACAGGUUGCGGGGCGGGGCUGGGGGAUCGAGGGCGGGCGCAGGGGACAGGCGGAGACGGCAUGUCAUCCGCGAGAGGGAGGGGGAGGGAGAGGAGAGCCUGAGCUCCGUGAGCGGGGGAGGCGACGAUGCGUACACACGUGAGACAUGGUGGGGGCUGCUGGGCUGCGCGGGAAGGCAGGCGGAGGAAGAGCGGGGCGAGGGUGGCAUGCGCGUGCGCGGGAGGGGGGAGCGGAGCCCGGCGUGGAUAGCUGCGGAGCUGGGGAAUCUGGUAGGGGAAGCGGAGCGGGUGUGGGAGUGGGCGGAGGAGAAGGAGUGCGUGGAGCAGGGCAUGGUGCAGCUGUGCGCGGGGCUGAAGCUGCUGCUGCUCAAACUGCUCCACGGCGCGCAUGCGCGCGCGCUCCCGCGCACAAGCAAGCGCAAGCGGAGCGGCGACGCGGAGGGGCAGGGCGGGGGGGAGACGAGCGACGAGGAUGAGGAGCUGCUGGCGCUGCUGGGCGCGGGGGAUGCCGUCGCGGAGGACGAGCAGGGGGAGGGGGAGGGGGAGGGGGAGGGGGAGGGGGAGGGGGAGGGGGAGGGGGAGGAGGAGGGGGAGUUGGAGGGGGAGGAUGACGGGGAAGAUGAGGGCGAGAGGGUAGCGCGUGAACGCGGUGGGGAGGGCGGUGGGCAGAGAAUUCAGUGGUUGUGCUUGGAGGAGAGGGGCGCGGACAGCAGGUGGGUGCGAGUGAGCAGGGGCGAGGGGGGGCACGCUGGGAGGCACGCUGGUGGCGGGGGCAGAAGCGAAGGCGACGCAUGUGGCGGGCAGCAUGGGGGCUUGCUGGAGGGGUGCUGCGGCAGUGCAGGCGAGGAUGGUUGGCAGGGAGACGACGUGGUGCAUGCCGAGGGUCGUGAGGGGCAUGAGGGGUGUGAGGGGCGUGACGGGUAUGUGGCGCAUGAGACGAGCACGGGCGGAGGCAGUGAGGGGGGGGAGCAUGACGUGCAGCAAGGGGGCAGCAGCGCAGCGCAGAGCGGCGGCAGCAGUGGUAGUGGGGAGCACGGGGAGGAGGGGGAGAGAGGCAGUGAGGGCGGGGAGAGCAUGGAUAGUGACAUGGACGGGGAGAGGGGGUCGUGGUGCAGCAGGCAGGGGGAGAGCCUGGAUGGCAUGAUCGCCACCAACUCACGCGACAGGGAUGAUGAUGAUGAUGACGUCACCUCCACGGUCGAUUCGGGCAGGCACGGGGGGAAGGAGGGCGAGGCCAGCGCUGGGCAGGUGGAGGGAUCCGAGAUGGAUGGUGAGGGGGUGGAGAGGUCCCAGGCGGUAGAGCAGACGGGGGAGGCGACGAGGCUUAUCCCCACAGGCGGGUCACAUGGUGAUGCCGCAACUGCUGAUGCAGCCAUGAAUGCACCUCCGGUCAGUGGCACGAGCAGGAACGGCAGCAGGAGCGAGAGUGGGCAGGACAGUGGUGCCCUUGAUGGGGAAGACGAUGAGGGUGGGGCAUGUGAGAGCGAGCAUGUGCAGGGAGGCAGUGGCGCCGAGGCGGGGGGCAGCAGGCGCAAGCAGCUGAGCGUGCUGCUGCCUCUCCCUCGCCCCGCGCUGCACCCCCUGUGUGCGUCCCCUGUGGGCGUGUCCAGAAGCCCCUCCAAGCUCGGCAAGUGGGGCGUGGGCGGCGUGUGGAAGGGCGUUGCCGCGGCCGGAGCAGCAGUGGGUGGGGCAGGAGCAGGGGAAGGGCAGUGCGGGGCGGCGGGGGUGGAGGUGGAAAAGGAACUAGAGUGGUGCCGGGCGUCCCUGCAGGCGGUGACUGAAGCCGUGUACGUGCACAUGGCCGCCGUGCUGGAGCAGAGCACACGCCCCACACUCAGUGACGGGUGUAAAGAGAACAGGGGCGGCAUGGAAGGGGGCAUGGACGCGGAGAUGGUGGAGGGGGUGGUGGAGCGGUCGCACGGGCAGGUAAGGGAGGCGGAGAUGCUGCUGGGGAAGGCGCAGCGCACGCUGCAGCGACUCGCUGCCGUGCAGGGCAAGGGCAGGGCGCUGUGCCGGCGCAUGAGCAGCAAGCAGCGCGUGCUGGUGGAGCUGCAGCGCUGCCUCGUGCAGGCGCAGGGGGGACAGACGGAGCAAGGGGGGGUGAUGGUGGUGGGCGAGAAGCAGGAGCCCCAUGUGCGCUGCAACUUGUUCUGGCGCCGCUGA